AUGACUGGUCCGCUAUUCGACGGAGAUACCUCACAUGUCGUGGUCACGUCGUCUGAUGUUUUCGAGGGGAUUUUGGAGAGAUACCAGGAUUCACAUGCCAGGGGUUGCCCUGAGACCGAGCCUCCAAUCACUGGUGGAGGGCAGUAA